ACUAGAGAUCUCUGUUGUAAUGAUAAGUGGUGAUGUCUUUAUGUUAUAUGUAUGUAAACAUUGGGACAUUGUAAACAAGACAACUUUUCGACCAAAGCUUUUUGCAAAACGAUUGAUGUUAAAAGUUAAAUUAUAUGCACAAUAGAAAUACGCCAUGACGUAUUAAAUAUUUUGCAGUACAGCGUAUAGGGCAUAAUUACGGUUGUUGCUGAUCGGUUUUUGCAUGCUGUAGAAAUUCGAUUAUACCUUUACGGUAAUCUUUGUUGAGUUCUAUAUAAAGAAGUGUAAAAAUAUGCCCACUUGUUUGGUUUAAAUACACUCGGACCGAUUGUGAACGGAAGAUGCAUGUUUAUCGCUUGUGUGGAAUAUUCAGGUGUCGUAUGUUGCUGUGUAUCAGAGACACUUCAGUCUAUAGACACUGUAUUUCAUCAGAUGAUGGAAAGAAAGGUGAUGUGAUAUCUAGUGAAGACAAUACUGGAGAGCUGCCAGAAGAACCCACCAACUGCUGUAUGUCUGGAUGUGAAAACUGUGUUUGGAUACAGUAUGCAGAGGAACUCUUAAAAAGAUUUUCAGACGGUGAUGAGAAAGCAAGAACUACAAUUCUUAGUAAAGUAUCAGAUCCAUCAAUGAAGUCAUUUUUAUUAACAGAGCUAAAAAUGUUGAAAAUGAAAGAGAGUUAAGAUACUGUCGUAAGGAAUCACUUAACAAAUAGAUAAAUGAUGUAAUAGUAUUAUCUAUCUCCAUCUGUUGUAUUUGUUUUUUCAAAAAUUUUAUAUUGUCAGCCUGGAAGUUUUGUUUACAAACAUCAUGUAAUAGAAAAAUGUAACACUUUCACAACUGAGAGUUUUAUAAGAAAAUUGAAACAAAUGA